UUGCUUCCGGUUUAUUGAAAAACCCUUCACGAUUACGUCAAGGAAAGCUCGACUAGAUUUUUGCAGUCGGGGAGUUCUUCUGAUUAAAAGACAAGAAUUUGGGGGAUAGUUCGCGUUCCUCGAACUUUUUUUUUUUUUUUUUUUUGUCCCCACGAUGGUGGUUUAUUUGGCUCUCAACGUGACCCGGUCGUCCGCUUCUGUACGAAAGCUGUACGUGAUGUCACGGAGGCUGCGGCAGCUGAACUGGAACGUGCGGGGCCGGUGCGCGGACGCGGGUUCGGCGGCCCCCCGGCCAGAAAGCGGGGCCCCCGUCCCCCCCGAGCCCCCCGCCCACUGCUGCAUGAGCGGCUGUCACAACUGCGUGUGGAUCGAGCACGCCGAGCGGCUUUUGGCCUUCUACAACGACGGCGGCGAGCGCGCGCUGGCCGCCGUGGAGGAGAACGUCGUGGACGACAACCUCAAGGCCUUCUUGAAGAUGGAGAUCCGACUCCUCAACAAGACGUGAGGGCGAGUCCCACAUGAAGAAGAAGAAGAAGACGACAAGUCCCAGUUGCGCGUGUGCAGAAGUUCCCAGGACGACGACGACGUCGCCGCUCGCUUGCACUUUGGAGCGUCUGGCGGCGGCGGCGGUGGCACCGUCGAACGCCGUCGGGACGAGACGAGACCGGCGGACGGCGGCGUUUGCCGACGGUGGACCUCUCGCCGGCGAGCACCCAUUUAUUUAUUGCUGCUGUGAUUACAUACACAUAUUUAUUGUAAUUAUGUAUUACCAAAUAAACACUUGCGUCGUCGCCUUGGCAACGUGAAGCCUC